AUGAAUAAUUAAAAUCGAAUUCCAAAGGGUGAUCUUAAAAAAGUUGUGGAUUCUCAAUUUCAUUAUGAAAGAAGAAAAUAUAUUUUUUGGGCAUUCAAUACUUCAUAUUUGGGGAUAGCUUUCUUUUAAAUUUAUUCAGAUGUAGUAAUUGAAGGUGGAGAGAAUCCUGCCUUAUGUGUUGAUACUGCACUCUUGAAUCAUGAUUUACAAUGUCCCAUAGGUUUAUAUAAGACAUUAGUUGCUUUGAUUGUUGCUCAUUUAAUUUAGAUGCUAUCAGCUACAAUUGGAUAUUUUGGUAUAGAUUAAAAGUCAAGAAAAAUAAAUAAAUCGUAUUCAAGUAUUUAAUUUGAUAAUAUUUAUUAGUAUUAUUGAUUGGUUCAUACAUUUAUGAUUUGAUAACAUCAUUUAUAUUAUGGUUUUCAUAUAAUACUUGGGAUGAUACUCCUUUUAGAAAUACUAAAAAUGAAUUUCUAAUGUUAUCAAUAUUCUUCCCAGCUUUAAUGGCAGUGGUUGGAUAUUUCUGUUUAAGUUAAUUCAAAAAAGCUACUUUUGAAAAUGCAUGUAAAUAAUAUAGAUUUAUUAAUAAGAAAUGUAAUAAGCAAAGGAUGAAUUAUUAGAAAAAUAUCCAUAAAUCGCAUCAGAUGUAGUCAAAUUGUUUUUAUGA